AUGAAGACCUUCACCUCCCUCCUCGCGCUCAGCACCCUUGCUACAACCACCACGGGGAUCGGUUUCAACCCGCUGCAUCACCUGGCCGGCAUCACACCAUACUACGCUCCCCAGGACCCUCCCAUUGAUCCCAAGCCACACCCGGGGUGCAACGUGACCCGCGCAGCAUACCUUGUGCGCCAUGCCGCGAUCUACGCCAACGACUUCGACUACGAGUCGUACAUCGAGCCCUUCGUCGAGAAGCUGCGCAACACGACGCAGGACUGGAAAUCGACUGGCGCGCUCUCGUUUCUCCGGAACUGGACCGCCCCGAUCGACGACGAGCACCUCGAGAAACUGACCCGCGUCGGCCUCCAGGAAGCGACCACCCUCGGUAUAAAAUUGCAUCAGCACUACCCCACGCUCCAAGCAAACAAAGUGUGGUCGUCGACUGCCGAACGCACCGUCAAGUCCGCAGAGGGAUUCAUCAACGGGUACACCCACAACCAGUCCUCGACCGUGGAUCUCGUGCAAAUCGCCGAGUCCAAGUCGACGGGCGCAGACUCUUUGACACCAUACAAGGCCUGCCCGGCCUACAGCUCGAGCUACGGCAGCGACCAGUCGAAGGAAUUCAUCGAACACUACACAGCCCCCAUCAUCGCCCGUCUGGACACCCUCGCACCAAAAUUCAACUUCACAUCUGACGACGUGACCGCGAUGUUCGAGCUCUGCGGCUACGAGACCGUGAUCCGGGGAUUCUCACCAUUCUGCUCGCUGAGCAUAUUCAGCUCCGCAGAAUGGCUGGCCUUCGAAUACGCCAACGACAUCAUGUAUUUCUACAACACGGGCUACGGGCGGCCGCUGACGCCGCACAUCGGACUUCCCUGGGUCAAUGCCAGCUGGGCCAUGGUGUCGGGUAACACCAACACGAGUGACACGCUGUAUGUCUCGUUCACGCACCGCGAGCUGCCGCCCACGGUCGUCACGGCGUUGGGCCUGUUCAACAACAGCGCUUACACGGGCGCGGCCGACCUCAACGGGACCAUGCCCCUCGAUCAGAUCAACUAUAACCGCGCCUGGAAGAGUAGUCAUAUCCUCCCUUUCCUCGGGAACAUCGCCAUCGAGCGGCUCGAGUGCGACGUCCCUGGCUACGAGGACCCCGAGUACUACCGUGUACUGGUCAACUCGGCCCCGCAGCCGUUGGUGGGCUGUCGCGACGGGCCUGGUGAGAGCUGCUCCCGCGCCGCGUUCAGCAAGUUCAUCCAGGAGCGUGAGGAGUUGUAUGGGGACUUUGGAGGCGCCUGUGGCAAUGGUUCUGCUGUUGGCACUCUGGAUAUCUAUAACUAG